CACAGCUGAGAGAUUAGGAUGCGGAAAAUGGCGAGAUUAGCGUCCGUCAUUUUUGACAGCUAAUAAUAUAAUUCGAUGGUCAAUGGGAGGUGAGGUGUGACUCCGCCCGCCAUGAUCCUUUACGGUUGGGGUUCUAACACAUAUGGGCAGCUAGGAUUAGGAUAUAAAUCGGACUGCGAGUACGAACCAAAACAAAUCGACCUGAGUAAAACUGACAUCAAAGCGGAAAACAUUGUAUGCAUAGCUGGUGGAGCUACGCACACACUAAUUUUAGACAGUAAUGGAGUCGUUUACUGCUGCGGUCACAACUCAAAGGGACAAUUGGGAUUGCGGGAAGAACAACUUGAAUUUGCAAACGUUGAUGUUUUGAAUAGCUUCAGAAUAACACGAAUAUCCUGCGGAUGGGAUUAUUCCACUGCUAUAUCGGAAUGUGGAAAGAUAUUUGUAUGGGGUAGUAAUGAGUAUGGGCAGUUGGGACUGUCGUACAAUUUAACGUGCACGAGUAUUCCAUCAAGACUUUACGUUCCCCACACAUUCUUCAAAGAUGUAAGCUGCGGGCUCGGCCAUUCCGCCAUGAUAACGCACGACGGACAACUCCUAGUUGCCGGUGACGGAAACGAUGGCCAACUGGGUUUGGGCCAUAGUUUCGAUCAGAGGGAAUAUCUGGGAACAUCGGGAGUGUCAAAGGUUUAUUUUAUGGAGAAUAUUGUGAGUGUGGCCACCGGACAAUAUCACACAGUCUUGCUCAGAAAGGAUGGCAAAGUACUUACUUGCGGUGACAACAAACAUGGGCAGUUGGGAAUUGAUUGCGCCUCAUUAUGUAAUGUUUUCACUCCCAUAGAAGUGUUCCAUAAUGAAAACCUGGAAAAGGUGUAUGCGGGCUGGACGCACAGUGCAGCUUUGUCCAAGAAUGGCGAGAUCUUCAUAUGGGGUGGAAAUAACUAUGGACAAUUGGGAUCUCCAAGACAUCAACAGUAUAAACCCGACAAAAUUCCUAACUUAACAGACGUAGUUCACUUAAGCCUGGGGUUGGUUCACAACGUGGCAGUUACCAAAAACGGUUGCCUAUUAACUUGGGGUUGGAAUGAUAUUGGUAGCUGUGGAAUUACUGAAGGCAGUGUUAUCAUGGAACCUACUAAAAUUUUAUCCAACCAUAGAGUUAAACUAGCAUUCGCUUGUUAUAAUAGUGCUUUCGCUGUUGUUGAGUAGAUUUCCAUAUUUUAUUUA